UACACCAAACAAAUCGAUACUCAAACCUUGGUAUUCGAGGGUUAUCGAAUUGGUUUGGAUGAGAUUGUUCCCAAAAUUAUAGAGGAUUACCAGAGUGUGUAGAAUAUUGCAGAAAAAUCGGGUGUGCAGCUUAUCGAUAUUCAAUAAACAUUUGCAGAUAAAGUGAAAUACAUCAUCUCUAAAAUACCAUGAAUCAACCAAUCAAGAUUGGAAUCAUCGGUGGAUCUGGAUUAGAUGACAGCCAGAUUAUAGAGUCACGUUCUGAAAAAGUGGUCAAUACUAACUUUGGGAACCCCUCUGAUGUCCUCAUCGAGGGGAAAAUUGCAGGCGUGGAUUGUGUUCUUCUGGCACGUCAUGGGCGCAAUCAUUCAAUCAUGCCUACAAAUGUGAAUUAUCGUGCGAAUAUUUGGGCUCUGAAAACGCUCGGCUGUACACAUGUCAUUGUGUCUACCGCUACCGGUUCUCUCCAGGAGCACAUUCGCCCCGGAGAUAUCAUUAUUCCGGAUGGAUUCAUAGAUCGCACAACCAAAAGAGCUCAAACUUUCUAUGAUGGUAAUGAAAUGCUUCUUGGUGUGUGCCAUAUUCCAAUGGAACCAGCAUUUUGUAAGCGCACACGGCAGGUCUUGAUAGAAACGGCCAAGGAAUUGGACAUUGGAGUUCAUGAAAAUGGAACCGUAGUUACUAUAGAAGGUCCAAGAUUUUCAAGUAAAGCUGAAAGUAAAACUUUUCGUCAGUGGGGAGCUGACCUGGUGAAUAUGACACUGGUGCCGGAAGUAGUAUUGGCUAAAGAAGCCGGACUUUGUUAUGCCGCUAUUGCGAUGGCCACGGAUUAUGAUUGCUGGAGGGAAUGUGGCGAAAAUGUCAACGUAGCUGAUGUUUUGGCUACGUUCAAGAAGAAUGUAACCAAAGUUACUGAAUUGAUAACCGCUGUCAUUCCAAAAAUUGCUGCUAUUGACUGGAGUGAUACCAUCGAUGAAUUGAAAAACACGGUCAAUGGCAGUAUCAUGCUACCUCAUUCAAAUUAGGAGCUUAUCCGAAAAUUAAAUCUAACACUUCUAUAAUAUAAUAAAAAAAAGAAACGUUUUCUUAAUGGUAAGGGCUAUCCCAAAGUGUCAUAUUUGUGUGUGUCUGUAACUACCUAGUCAAAUUCGAAACAAAAAUUGAUUUGAAUAUCUGACUAAAUGUGUGAAAAGUUUAUUUUCUGAAGUGCACAAGUUGAUGUCAUCUUGAAUAAAAGAAAACUAUGUAGA